AUGUGCGAGGCGGAUUCCGUCAGUAUAAACCAUCGCUUUUAUUCUUACCUUGGUAGUCAUACAGAAGGAGAUGUAUUGCUUAGGGAAAAAUAUUGGAAUGAUGCGAAAAAAUUAUCAUCCUUGGUUGAAGGAUACCGACCAACAUCAUCUUCCACUCAGACAGCUCGAUUUUCACCACGUAAUUCCGAUCAAAGUAAAAAAGAUCAGGAAAAUUAUGGCGAGAACAAAAUAUCAUCGGUUGCUAUGAAAAAACAUCAGCACCUCAUGCAGGAACCAAAUGAAUCAAAACAUCAGUGUUUCGUUGGAGGUACAACUGAUAAGUACCAUCAUCAGAAUUGUGGAAACCAUUACAAACAUCGAAGUAGGAACGAGAAUCCAUAUGAAAAUUUAACAGCUACAAAAGACAUCCAUCAAGGAUCGCAUGAAACAGGUCCCGGAAAUCACGGUCGUCAUUUCUACGCUAAGGAACGUCAUUUUUGCGAAUGUUCAGAGGAUUUUCGCGGAAAUGAAGAGUCUGAGCAAGAAGAUCGUGGCAGUUUUAUGAAUCCUGACGUGAAUGAGAGAACGGUCGCUGGUGAGCAGAUGAAAUAUUUCUUCCACUAUUAUCCGUAUCCAACAGGUAGUGUUGGCGUUACACUGCACGAAUUUCAAGACCCAUCGCUUGCUACGUCGUUGGAACCUAGUUCACUAAAACCUGACGAUAUUCUCAGAAUUAUCGAUGGGUUCGCAAAGCAAGGAAUUAAACCGUAUAAAAGGGAAUUGACAGUGCAAGAGUAUAAAGACGUGAUGCGAGCUGUGGUACGUGAAUGCUACAAGAAGAAAAUUUUGGACGGAAACAGGAUCAAAGAGAGAGUCAAAGAAUGUGUAGAAACACUGAGAAGAGGAGAGCCGUUAUCUCUUGGAUAUCGUUCUUCGAAAAGGCCAGAACCCCCUGAGCAUACUGAGUUGCCAGUGCCGACAAAACGUUCUAAAACGGAUCCAUAG